UAUGUCUGGGUACUGUCUCAUACAGUCUAUGUCUGGGUACUGUCUCAUACAGUCUAUGUCUGGGUACUGACUCAUACAGUCUAUGUCUGGGUACUGACUCAUACCGUCUAUGUCUGGGUACUGUCUCAUACAGUCUAUGUCUGGGUACUGACUCAUACAGUCUAUGUCUGGGUACUGACUCAUACAGUCUAUGUCUGGGUACUGUCUCAUACAGUCUAUGUCUGGGUACUGUCUCAUACAGUCUAUGUCUGGGUACUGACUCAUACAGUCUAUGUCUGGGUACUGACUCAUACAGUCUAUGUCUGGGUACUGUCUCAUACAGUCUAUGUCUGGGUACUGUCUCAUGCAGUCUAUGUCUGGGUACUGUCUCAUGCAGUCUAUGUCUGGGUACUGUCUCAUACAGUCUAUGUCUGGGUACUGACUCAUACAGUCUAUGUCUGGGUACUGACUCAUACAGUCUAUGUCUGGGUACUGACUCAUACAGUCUAUGUCUGGGUACUGACUCAUACAGUCUAUGUCUGGGUACUGACUCAUACAGUCUAUGUCUGGGUACUGACUCAUACAGUCUAUGUCUGGGUACUGACUCAUACAGUCUAUGUCUACAGUCUAUGUCUGGGUACUGACUCAUACAGUCUAUGUCUGGGUACUGACUCAUACAGUCUAUGUCUGGGUACUGACUCGUACAGUCUAUGUCUGGGUACUGACUCAUACAGUCUAUGUCUGGGUACUGACUCAUACAGUCUAUGUCUGGGUACUGACUCAUACAGUCUAUGUCUGGGUACUGACUCAUACAGUCUGUCUGGGUACUGACUCAUACAGUCUAUGUCUGGGUACUGACUCGUACAGUCUGUCUGGGUACUGACUCAUACAGUCUAUGUCUGGGUACUGACUCAUACAGUCUAUGUCUGGGUACUGACUCAUACAGUCUAUGUCUGGGUACUGUCUCAUACAGUCUAUGUCUGGGUACUGACUCAUACAGUCUAUGUCUGGGUACUGACUCAUACAGUCUAUGUCUGGGUACUGACUCAUACAGUCUAUGUCUGGGUACUGUCUCAUACAGUCUAUGUCUGGGUACUGUCUCAUACAGUCUAUGUCUGGGUACUGACUCGUACAGUCUAUGUCUGGGUACUGACUCGUACAGUCUAUGUCUGGGUACUGACUCAUACAGUCUAUGUCUGGGUACUGACUCAUACAGUCUAUGUCUGGGUACUGACUCGUACAGUCUAUGUCUGGGUACUGACUCAUACAGUCUAUGUCUGGGUACUGACUCAUACAGUCUAUGUCUGGGUACUGUCUCAUACAGUCUAUGUCUGGGUACUGACUCAUACAGUCUAUGUCUGGGUACUGACUCAUACAGUCUAUGUCUGGGUACUGACUCAUACAGUCUAUGUCUGGGUACUGACUCAUACAGUCUAUGUCUGGGUACUGUCUCAUACAGUCUAUGUCUGGGUACUGACUCAUACAGUCUGUCUGGGUACUGUCUCAUACAGUCUAUGUCUGGGUAC